ACCCUAACUAGCUAGCUAUCUUGUAUACUCAUCUAUAUAUUUUCCCAAACCUAACCAACUUUCUUCGAUUAUCGAUUCUUGGAUCUCAAACUCGAUCUAACAGUACUAACAAACAUGGCAUUAAACUCAUGCACGGAUAUAUAAUAUUUCUUACCAUUCACCACUCAAUCUUCAAAGUCUUCGUCUUCAUCUUCUUCUUCACCAUCAUCAUCAUCAUCAUCUACCUCCCCUCACCUGCAAGUCUUUCACUUUCUUAAGCCUUCAAUAAAUCAGUACCCAUUUUUCCUGGACAUCUCACAACUAUUUCCCAGAUAGAAAAAACCCAAGUUAUAUAUAUUUCUUACCGAUGGCGGCGCCACCUAGCUCCGGCCUGCAGAGAAUGCUACAGACGGCGGUGCAGUCUGUUCAAUGGACUUAUAGUCUUUUCUGGCACCUCUGUCCUCAACAAGGGAUUCUAGUAUGGGGAGAUGGGUACUACAACGGAGCGAUUAAGACGAGGAAAACUAUACAACCCAUGGAAGUGAGCGCAGAGGAAGCGUCUCUACAAAGAAGUCAACAGUUAAGAGAGCUUUACGAGUCGCUUUCUGCCGGCGGCAGCCUCGGGGAGCCGAGCGGCCAGCAGGUCCGGCGACCAUGCGCCGCAUUGUCGCCGGAGGACUUGACGGAAUCGGAAUGGUUCUAUCUCAUGUGUGUUUCCUUCUCCUUUCCUCCUGGUGUAGGAUUACCAGGCAAGGCUUAUGCAAAGAGGCAUCAUGUUUGGCUCACCGGAGCAAAUGAGGUUGAUAGCAAAUUCUUCACUAGAGCUAUUCUUGCCAAGAGCGCUCGCGUACAGACAGUUUUGUGUAUUCCUUUGUUUGAUGGUGUGGUUGAGUUUGGCAUCACAGAAAAGGUAAAAGAAGAUCUGGCACUUGUACAACAUUUAAAGACUUUCUUCAAUGACUAUCAAAAAGGCCACCACCUUCCACCGCCCAAGCCGGCUCUAUCCGAGCAGUCCACCUCCAACCCCGUCAACUCGUCUGACCACAUCCGAUUCCAUUCCCCUCCUCUCCCUGCCAUGUACGCCCCGGCUCAGGAUCAGCAGGAAGAAGACGAGGAUGUUGACGACGAAGAAGAGGACGAUGAAGAGGAAGAUGAGGAGGAGGAAGAAGAAGACGAAGGAGAUACCGGCUCAGAGCUUGAGGCAAACAACCUCCGAGCCAUUGUGAAUAUCGCUGAGGUAGCCGAGCCGAGUGAGCUCAUGCAGUUGGAGAUGUCGGAGGAUAUACGUCUCGGAUCACCGGACGAGGUUUCUAAUAAUCCAUUGGAGUCUGACUUUCAACUCCUAGGCAUGGGGUCUGCUGGGGCGGUCGCGAACUCUAUUGAUGAUCAAAUUCGAGUUGAUUCGUUCAGAACCGAGUUAGCUCGGAGAUGGCCACUUGUACAUGAUCAAUCUUUGGGAAGGAGUAACCUAAUUCCUGAACAUGAUGAUGGUCCGCCACUCGGUUUGGAAUUAGAAUUAAUGCACGAAGACACACAUUACUCUCAAACGGUAUCAACCAUACUCAACCACCAAUCGAACCGGUGGUCGGACUUGUCACCGUCAUCAUCCACGGUCCCCGGAUUAAACCUCCCGUACUCGUCGCAAUCAUCGUUCUUCAAGUGGACAAACCGGUCCGACCUCCACCACAACUCAAACUCGAAAUCCCAGUUUUUUCUCAAGUACAUCCUUUUCACCAUUCCCCAACUCCACACGAAAAGUAAUAUUAAGGAAGAUAACUCGUCCUCUCCGCGUGGCGGCACCGGAGACAUAUCAACUCGUCUUCGCAAGAGCGUUUCUCAAGACGAGCUCUCCGCUAGCCAUGUCAUGGCCGAGCGUCGUCGAAGGGAGAAGCUUAACGAGCGUUUCAUCAUCCUCCGAUCCCUAGUUCCCUUCGUCACUAAAAUGGACAAAGCAUCCAUCCUCGGGGACACAAUCGAGUACGUAAAACAAUUGAGAAACAAAAUCCACGAACUGGAGGCGGAUACACAUAAAUCCGAAUCCGAGAACCGGUCUAGAUCAUCAGGAGAGCAGCCACAAAUCACGUCAAGCAAUGGACAAUCACAGAAUCUCUUGAUCAAGACCGGUUCAGAGCUGCGAUCAUCCCGGGGUGGUGUCUCUGCUCCGGUAGUAUCAGACAAGAGGAAGAUGAGGAUGGUGGAGACAAGCGGAGGAGGAGUCAUUAGGUCCAAGGUAGUGGAUUCGCCGCCGGAUCCAGCUCCUACGCCGCCGCCGCCACAGCCAGCUCCGGGUGUAACGUUACAGGUGCAAGUUUCGAUAAUUGAGAACGACGGCCUGGUGGAGCUCCAAUGCCCAUAUCGGGAAGGGCUUCUGUUAGACGUGAUGGUCACUCUCCGGGAGUUGCGAGUGGACAUCGUCACAGUUCAAUCGUCGUUGACCAACGGUAUAUUCGUCGCAAAGAUGAGAGCCAAGGUGAAGGAAAAUGGAAAUGGAAAAAAAGCAAGCAUAACGGAAGUGAAGAGAGCAAUAAACAGAAUAAUACCACAAUGUUAAGUCCAUGCAUGCUAACUAUUGUCAUUAUAUAUAUUUAUAUGUGUAAACUAAUUAAGCAAUUUACUUUGUGACGGUACUAAUUAAUUAAUUCCUAAUA